AUGCAACAGGCGUUGGAGCUGGCGGGGCUUCGCCUGGAGGACGUCAAGCUUGGCGACGGCGGGCUGCGCAUGUGCAUUCACAAGGCCAAGAACGACCAGCUCAGCAAGGGCCAGCUGGUGUUCAUCGAGCCGACAGGGCGUGCUACGCACCUGGUGUGGCUGUUCCAGCUGUUCAUCCAGUGGAGGGGCCAUGCGCCUGGCCUGCUCUUCAUGACAGUUGGCAGCGGUGUGAUGUCGUCAAGCACGAUCAGCGCAGUGUGCCAGCGCAUGGUCAUGGCAGCUGGGCUCAGCACGCAGGUCUCAUCGCACUCUCUGCGCAUCAGCGGCGCAACGGCCACCAUCGAGGGUGGCAUGACAACGGAGCAGGUCAUGACCAUUGGCGGGUGGCGGAGCGACGCCGUCAACAGCUACCUGCGGGCGCGCGAGCUGCCAAGUAUGGCGGUCUCACGGCGCAUGGGCCUGUAG